CAUAAGCAUAAGCAUAAGCCUCUCCACACAAAUAUAUAGAAUUCGAUCUCAUUAAUCAUAACAACCAUGGCUAAAAUUAUUCCAAUUUUCACAUAUUGUUUUAUGUUAUGGUUUGUUGUUGGGAUAGUAACAGCCCAAUUGUCCUCUGAUUUUUACGCAACAACGUGUCCUGAUGUACUUUCAACCAUUAAGACACAAAUUGAUUUGGCUGUGAAUGAUGAGCCUCGCAUGGGUGCAUCACUUCUUCGUCUCCAUUUUCACGAUUGCUUUGUUCAAGGAUGUGAUGGAUCAGUAUUGCUAGACGAUACAUCAAGUUUCACAGGUGAAAAAUCAGCUGGUCCAAAUGCUAAUUCCUUAAGGGGUUUUGAUGUAAUUGACACUAUAAAGAGUGAAGUGGAGAGUUUAUGCCCCAAUGUUGUCUCAUGUGCUGAUAUUCUCUCUGUGGCUGCAAGAGACUCUGUUGUCGCAUUAGGUGGACCUAGUUGGACAGUGCAAUUGGGGAGAAGGGAUUCAACCACAGCAAGUUUGGAUUCUGCAAACACAAAUUUACCUGGACCUACUUCGGAUCUAACUAAUCUAAUCACUGCUUUUGAUAAAAAAGGUUUCACAACCCAAGAAAUGGUUGCUCUAUCAGAUGUUUUAGGAUCUCACACAAUUGGUCAAGCCAGCUGUAGAUUUUUCAGAUCAAGGAUAUACAAUGAAGACAACAUAGAUCCAACAUUUGCAGCAUCAUUGCAAGCAAAUUGUCCUACAUCAGGUGGUGAUAACAAUUUGUCUCCACUUGACACAACUACUCCAGACACAUUUGACAAUUCUUACUACACAAACUUGCAAAGCCAAAUGGGUCUCUUCCACUCUGAUCAAGAACUUUUCAAUCAAGGAUCCACAGAUUCUAUUGUAGAUGGUUAUAGUAGUGACCCUUCAAGUUUUGAAACUGAUUUUGCUAAUGCAAUGCUUAAAAUGGGGAACCUUAGUCCACUUACUGGCUCUAGUGGUCAGAUUAGGACCACCUGCGGGGCAAUAAACUAAGUUUAUGGGCCUUUUGGCAAGUUAAUGUGUGUACUUUUAUUCUUGCAAUUGUGUAUUAUUAAAUUUCAAAAAAAUAUUAUGUAUUAUUAUUAUCUUCUUUUUUUUGGGGUGAAGCAAUUGUGUAUUAUUAUAGUGGCAAAGGCAAUGUUUCCAUAAAUGUAACGUGUGUUUGAAUUUUAAUAUGAAUCGAUUUCAAUGUGUAUACUUGUUUAAUUUUGA